GGGCGGCGCGCCGUGCCAGCCGGAGCGGAGAGCGGCGGAGCGCGGCGGCGGGCGAGCAGCCGGAGGGCGGAGCGGCCGAGCCGUGUUGUUUUAAUGCACAGAAAUGGCCAGCGUUACACAGAUAUCCAAAGAUGAGCUGGAGGAACUCAGGGAAGCUUUUGCCAAAGUUGAUCUCAACAGCAAUGGAUUUAUCUGUGAUUACGAGCUGCACGAACUCUUCAAGGAAGCCAACCUCCCCCUCCCGGGAUACAAAGUCAGGGAGAUCAUUCAGAAACUCAUGAUUGAUGGGGACAAGAACAAAGAUGGGAAGAUCAGCUUCGAAGAGUUUGUUUACAUCUUCCAAGAAGUGAAAAGCAGUGACAUUGCUAAGACCUUCAGGAAGGCCAUCAACCGGAAGGAGGGCAUCUGUGCCAUUGGGGGCACUUCGGAGCUCUCCAGCGAAGGCACCCAACAUUCCUACUCAGAGGAAGAGAAAUACGCCUUUGUGAACUGGAUCAACAAAGCUUUGGAGAACGACCCGGACUGUAAGCACGUCGUUCCCAUGAAUCCCAACACGGAUGACCUCUUCAAGGCUGUUGGGGAUGGGAUUGUGUUGUGUAAAAUGAUCAACCUCUCUGUUCCUGACACAAUUGAUGAACGAGCCAUCAACAAGAAGAAACUCACCCCAUUCAUAAUUCAGGAAAAUCUGAAUUUGGCUCUGAAUUCUGCUUCCGCCAUCGGCUGCCACGUGGUCAAUAUUGGAGCAGAGGAUUUAAGGGAAGGGAAGCCCCACUUGGUCCUUGGCCUGCUGUGGCAGAUUAUCAAGAUUGGCUUGUUUGCAGACAUAGAGCUCAGCAAAAAUGAAGCUUUGGCUGCCUUGUUGCGUGAUGGAGAGACCUUGGAGGACCUGAUGAAGUUGUCCCCAGAAGAGCUUCUCCUGCGGUGGGCCAACUUCCACCUGGAGAAUGCUGGGUGGCACAAGAUCAACAACUUCAGCUCCGAGAUAAAGCUUUCCGACUUCCAUAACUCUGUUAAGGACUCCAGAGCUUACUACCAUCUCCUCAACCAAAUUGCCCCCAAAGGGCAGAAGGAAGGAGAGCCCCAGAUCGAUAUCAAUAUGUCAGGCUUCAGCGAGAAAGACGACCUCAAGAGGGCCGAGUGCAUGCUCCAGCAAGCAGAUCGACUGGGCUGUCGGCAGUUUGUUACCCCAACAGAUGUUGUAAGCGGGAACCCCAAGCUGAAUUUGGCCUUUGUGGCCAACUUGUUCAACAAGUACCCAGCCCUCACCAAACCAGAAAACCAAGACAUUGACUGGACACUGCUGGAAGGUGAAACCCGUGAAGAACGGACGUUCCGCAACUGGAUGAAUUCUUUUGGUGUGAACCCCCACGUGAAUCACCUCUACGCUGACCUGCAGGAUGCCCUGGUGAUUCUGCAGCUCUAUGAAAAGAUCAAGGUUCCCGUCGACUGGAACAAAGUCAACAGACCUCCGUACCCUAAACUUGGGGCCAAUAUGAAGAAGCUAGAAAACUGCAACUACGCUGUUGAUCUGGGAAAGCAUCCAGCCAAGUUCUCCUUGGUUGGCAUUGGCGGGCAGGAUCUCAACGACGGGAACCCGACCCUCACACUGGCUGUAGUCUGGCAGCUGAUGAGAAGACACACUCUGAAUGUUCUGGAGGACCUCGGAGAUGGUCAGAAAGCAAAUGAUGAGAUCAUUGUAAACUGGGUGAACAUGACCUUGAGAGAAGCUGGGAAAUCAAGUUCCAUCCAGAGCUUUAAGGACAAAAGUAUCAGCAGCAGCUUGGCAGUGGUGGAUUUAAUUGACGCCAUUCAGCCCGGCUGCAUCAGUUAUGACCUUGUGAAGACAGGCGACCUCUCCGAGGAAGACAAACAUAGCAAUGCCAAGUACGCCGUCUCAAUGGCCAGGCGGAUCGGCGCCCGCGUCUAUGCCCUCCCGGAGGAUUUGGUGGAGGUGAAGCCCAAGAUGGUGAUGACUGUGUUUGCCUGCCUGAUGGGCCGAGGGAUGAAGCGCGUUUAGAGAGCAGAGGACCCCCCGCCCCCCAGCACCGUUGCCGCACCGACCAAAGCGCCAUCGUCAGCUUCCAGAGCGGUGGUCCCUUCAGUUCAAGGACUCUCCGUUUUGCUUGGCAGGGCAGGAAGCGAAGAGAGGUCUCAGAGGGGGGCGGGAACCAGCCCACUGCCCUCUUCCUUGCCCAGGAAUCUCAAGGUUGCAUCUCCUCAAGUGCCACGGAAACAAUCCACGCUCAGCGCCGACCAAAGCUUUCUUUCCCCAUCCUGCGGGUCAGUUUUCUGGAGAGUGGCCAGACAUGGAAUUGGCCUCAAUGGUUGCAUCUCACUCUUCUGUCCUGAAAGGAAGAAGGAAAGAAAGGCCCUUUUAAAAAAAAAAAAUUCUAGUGGUUCCAGGGUCUGAGGUGGGCUUGAAGUUUUUUUUCCCCCCUCCAUUUAAUCUGCUGUUAAGUCAUGGGUGCAAAUGCAGUAACCAGAGUUGUGUUUUUAAGCCAUGCCUCAAAAGGAAACAAAGACAAAAGCCAGGUAACAGAAAUCAUUCUAAUUAGGCAAGAUUGCAUCAUUUAUCCUGCCAUUCUGAGCUAAUUGGCACACUCUGCUCUGCAUGAUUUAGUCAUGGAGAGGGAGCGGUGCCCUGGAAAGCCUUAGGCGGCAUCUCUCUGGCUUCUGAGACCCCAGCUCUUUCUCACUUUCAGUCGAUCUUCACCUCCCUAAGGACUAGAAACUUGGUUUUGUUUUGUUCGGAUAUCAGUGUGAGCUUCCAAUCUUGGGAAGCCAUGUUCUGUGCCCAGCUACCCCUUGUGGUGCUCCUGUGGACUUCGCAGGGACUGAUCUGGCAUCUGGUUCAAGGGUUCCAACCUGAACGGCCAGUGAAAUGGUACUCUCCAAGCUCAGUCUUCCCGCAGUCUUCUUGAAGUAAUGGUGCUGCUUGUGGCUUCCCUGUUCUGGCACAAGCACCGUGGGUUUUCUUUGGGGCUAGUUUUUCAUUCUCACAUUACUCGUUUCUGCGUGAGGUGCCAUUUUCAAAGGUUACUGCCUUGCCCACGGCUUAACUGAACCCCGAGAACUGAAUUGAUGCAAUUUUAUGUGUUGCCUUGGUUUUUGUUUUGUUUUGUAUUUUGCCUGAACAUUUUUUUUAGUUUUGUUUUUCCAAAGUCUGUAUGAAAGCCAUUUUUAAAAAACAGAUAUUUAAGUUGACACAAGAUGUUUGUUCAAGACUGUGUGAGAAGGGCGCCACAGAUGAGACCAGGCCUGUUCUCCAAAAGGCAGGGACCAGUAACUUGAAGGGCAGAAUGUGCUGAGAUUAAAGAAACUAUUUUUUAUAAAUAAAAGGAAAAUGUUAUCACCAAAGAAAAGGCUUUUAUCCAUAGGAGCAAGUAUAUUCUGGCUUUAGCAAGCUGUUAGCUACCCGUGAGAUCAUCUUCUUACAUAUUCAUAGCAAUGGAUUGUGGUGGCAAAGCAGUUGAAGAAAUAAAAUGGUUUAUAAACCUG